CGUCGGCGAGCCGCAGGUGCUGGCGGGUAUCGAGGGCUACACAGAGACGUGGCAGCACAGGCUCCCGUUGCGGCGCAUCAGGGAGUCGCGCAUGGUCGCCCUCGACCCCGAUGGCGGGCUCGAGAUCGUGGACCCCAGCGGGUUCGGGCUGCUCCCCUUGGGGCGAGGCGCGGCGGUGCCGGCGCGGGUCGCGGGGGGCCGCGGCAUGGUCACGGCGCUCACCUUCGACGAGCUGCAGGGGCACCACGCUGCGGGUACGCGGCAGGCCGUCAUCAUGGGCACGAAGGAGUUCGCAGGGGGGCUCGUGGCUGGCAGCGGGGUGUGCUGGCGGGACGGAGACACCAGCUCGCUCAGGUUCGGGCUGAAGGUGCCGUCGGACGAGGUGGCGAUCGCUGGCGUCGUGAAGAGCGCCGUGGCCCUCGUCAGCUGGGGCGAGGCUCGGCGGUGGUGGUUCGCGGAGUUGGUGCCCAGUCCAAAGUACGCCAUCUACGAGCGCGACAAGCCGAGUGGAGCUGGGCGGGAUCGCCGACACCUCCCCGCGCGCGGCAGCGACUUCGUGUCGGGGCUCGUUCCGCUCUCGCAGGCGGCCGACCACUUCUGGGCGACGGACUUGGCGAAGAUCGUCGCCUGGCCCCAUUGGAGGCCGCGGGGGGUGUCCGGGUUCGUCCGCGGGGUAGUGGCGCUCGGGCUCGCGCUGUUCACCUACCACGCGCACUGGGUGCGUCAGGCGGGUGUUCGCGGGGAGGGCAGCGUCGCGUUGGACCACCGCGUCCAUUGCCACGAGCUGGCGCUGGCCUUGGUGUGCGACUGCCUCGAUGCCAGGGAUCUGGCGAGCCUCGAGCCGUUCGCGCGGCGCGGGCUGCAGAUCGAGCGGACGGAGCGGGUGAUCCCGAAGGUGCCGUUCGUCCAGGGGCUGGCCAAGAUGGCGGAGCACGCGCUGCACGAGGGGGGCGGCCUGGCGAUGCGGGAGUUCACGGCGCGCAUGGCGACGCCCGCGGAGCAUGUGGGGCGCGCCCUCAAGCAGAACAGGCUGCCGCGCGAGGAGCUGCUGGUAAACGCCAGGGGGUCGGGCCAGUCGUCGGCGCGCCGGCGAGUCUCGCUGGUCAACGACGUCGCUCAGUGCCCGGACCUCCUCGUCUCGGACGCUGCCGUGGCGCUGUUUGCCCUGGUGGAGGCGGUCGAGCGGCUGCGUGUGUCCUCCAGUCCGCUGCUGGCCGACUGGAGCGUGCCCUCGGGCAAGGGCGCUCUCGUGGACUUGUUCCACUCCGACGACCUCUACGCCGUGGCGGCUGGCGCCGCGCUGGGGUCCUACGACAUCGACAAGUUGAGGGUGUCGAAAGGCGAUCUGGUCCCAAAGGACGCGGCGUCCGUCACGUCGCCAGAGGCCGCAAAGCUGAUUGACGCCCCGCAUGUGCACAUCCUGAAGUCGGACGCCGAGCUCCGCGCUGACGUGGACUCGGGGGCGCUCCGCGGGCAGCCGUACUGGGACCCGAUCCUCAGGAACAGCCGGGCGCAGAAGUUGGAGUUCUUGCGGGCGUUGUCCGCUGCGGGGCUGCUUACCUGGCGGCGACGUGUUCG